CCGCCACGGCCUCGAACGCCUCGGACCAAGGAGAAUACGCGCGUGGUAUUGCGCUGCACGAAGGGCAAGCCGAGCCCGAGCGAGAAAAAAGAAGUAGUGCUACCAAAAAGACAAGAAGAGGCCUCGUCGUCCUUCUACUCUGCUCAACCUUCAAAAGAUAAAGAGGGGACAUCGACAUGGAUCUUCGCCGAGGGUGACAAGCACAUGGAGAUUUCGUUGCAAUGCGGACUAGAGUCAGAAAGUGGAGGCCUUAUGGGCAUGGUGCAGAUGGAGUUGGACAAUGAUCAUGAUCUGCUUGAGCGUUCUAGCCGCGAAGUCCAAGCGGAAUGGAUUCUCUGGACGUCCUCGAGCUCGACUGGUG